AUGUGCAGAGAGGCUCUAGAAGACGCUGUGGAUAAUUUGGUUGCAGCAAACAUCGAAGAGAUCGAUGCUUUCUUGCAUGACGGCGAAGCUUCAUCGCCAUGGAGGGUCUCUGCAGCCCGUGGGUAUGAUGCGGCGCACGAUUUCACACACCCAGAGGUGGAGCACAUGGUGGGGGACGCCAUAGCGAAGCGGCUAUCAUCGCUUCCUAGGGAGAUCUUUGUUUGGGUCGGUAAGACGAUGGUGUGCAUGGGGAGGAUGAGCCCUCAGUGCCGCUGUCGGCAUCUCGACGUGCGGAAGGGUGACGUUCGAUCCCGUGCUGACGACUCUGUUGCUUUCUGCAUGGCAUGGGUUGCUCUGGCAAAGUUCAGGAUGCUGGAUAGUGUCAAGUCACACAAGAGACACGACGGGAGCGGAAGAGGAGCGACAGAGAAACAUGGCAGAAAGAGAGAUGUUCACAUUCUAGAUCCGAUGUGCGGGGUUGGGACGUUCCUUUGCGCAACUGCAGUCGUCGCUAACAAGCUCAAGUUCGGGCUGGAAGUGAUUGGAUGUGACGCCGAACAAGUCUCGAUCGACGUUGCCAAGGGGAACCUGACGUGGUUGGCUGAUGACAUCAACUUCCCCCUGGAUCUCCACGUUUGCGACUUGCGCGAAGAGCAGGCGAGCUCGUUUGAUGUGUCGUGUAGCAAUCAGUCUGCUCCUCAUUUCUUGCUGGCCUUGCCUGUUGAUGGGCAGUGA